GAUAGUUGAGGUUUCUCAAUCCCCUUUCUCCUUCAUGAUUUUGCUCCUCCUUGCUUCACCGCUACCACUAGGUGUUUCAGAGAAGUGUUGGGAAUCCUUUUUUGAUUCUCCCGCGGUUGUAGCUUCAUGGAGCUCGAAGGCAGAGAUCAACCAUCAUUAGGCGUUAGAUCGUUCUCCCUAGUGCUUCCACAGGUCUGCUCGUGUGCCUACACCAUUUGGGUUGGUUGUUGCAGUUUUUCUAUCGAUUUUCCUCUCUGGUGUCUUUGUUGCUGUUGAAAAGGCUUCACGUGCUUCCCUGCUCGACGAAUUCUCUGUUUUCGACGACUGGAUGGUGUGGGCAUCUUUGUGCGGUGGAAACUCCUUUUUUGGGAGUUUGAUUCGAAUUCUCUGUUUCUGACGACUGGAUGGUGUGGGCAUCUUUGUGCGGUGGAAACUCCUUUUUUGGGAGUUUGAUUUGUUUUAGCGGUCGUUUGGAUGGAUCAUUCUCAAAAUGAGUCAAUUUGGAUCAAAAGACUCAUUUUCGAAAAUGAGUCAUUUUGAUGAAGAAAUUUGCCUAGAAUGUAUCGUUUGGAACAUGUUGUGAAAUGGUGAAAUAUAUAUGAGUUAUUUUGAGUAAAUACCAAUUUACCCUUGUCUUCUCCAACUUUCUCAUCCUUUGUUUUGCUGCAAGUUUUUCGUCCUUUUACUGGUUUUCUUUCUGGAUAGUUCAUCAUGCACAAAAAUUAUUAUCAAAACCUCUCUUAUUCACCAAUUAACUCACAUGCAGUCAGUUUUUCCAGUGACCUAGAAAGGUUGAGCGUUGGAGAAAGCUGAAACAAGUGGAUUUUCACCCCGUCUUCUGCAAAUUUCUCGACCCUGUUUAUGUCGAGCUUCUGUCUUUCUGGGUUCGAUUUUUGUACAACAACGAUUCACACGAAGAGGAGAAAUGUGUAUUGAUAACGUGAAUCAGGUGCUCCACUUCAGAAGCCCAGAAACUCAGCUCAAUGACGUUGGAGAAACCCCUUUCAUCAUCUCUGCUGGCGAUGAGUCAUCUCUUUACGGCGGCGGCGCGCUUCGAGACUCGCCCGUCAACAAAAAGACGUCGGAGACUCGCCAUCGAAGCUUAGAUCGUGAGCAGAAAGGGAAGAGAAGACUGUCGAUUUUGUGAAUCGCCAUUGUUGCUCGUCUGCAGAGAUACGGGAAAUAGAAAAAGAGAAGACGAUUCGUUAAAAAAAAAAGAGAGAAGAUGAAGGGUGUCAUUGAAGACUGAAGAGAAAGAAAUUUGUGAUGGGUAGUUGAAGAAUCAGUAAAUGGAUUAUUGGAAU